AAAAAACAGGUAUAAAACACCCCUCUGUCCCUCGCUCUGAAACAGCAUCAGCUUCUUAGGAUCACGUCUUCCAGAGCACAAACACAAGGCACACGCACCUUUCAAGACUUCACAUCACAUCUUACUAAAAAUGACUUUGAGAAUUGGACAACCCGCUCCCGACUUCAAGGGUACCGCCGUCGUCAACGGCUCCUUCGAGGAGAUUAAGCUCUCUGACUACAAGGGCAAGUGGGUCUUCUUGGGUUUCUACCCCAUGGACUUCACCUUCGUCUGCCCCACCGAGAUUGUUGCUUUCUCUGAGGCUGCCUCCAAGUUUGCUGAGCGCAACGCCCAAGUCAUCUUGGCCUCUACCGACUCUGAGUACUCUCACCUUGCCUUCAUCAACACUCCCCGCAAGGAGGGUGGUCUCGGCGGCAUUAAGAUUCCCUUGUUGGCCGACCAUUCCCACAAGAUCUCUCGCGACUACGGUGUCCUCAUCGAGGACGCUGGCAUCGCCUUCCGUGGUCUCUUCCUGAUUGACCCCAACGGAAUCUUGCGUCAAAUCACCGUCAACGAUCUUCCCGUCGGUCGCUCUGUCGAAGAGGCUCUCCGUCUCUUGGACGCCUUCAUCUUCGUCGAGGAGCACGGCGAGGUCUGCCCCGCCAACUGGCACAAGGGUGCUGACACCAUCGACACCAAGAACCCCGACAAGUACUUCUCCAAGCACUAAAUCGGUUUCCGUUCUUUCGAUGGCGAGCGAUUAUGACCUAGCAGGUCGCAGCACCUUGAGCUAGUUCAAGCGGUUGCCAGCAAGGACUGCUGGCUGGAUCCGUUUCUUGCUGCGGUGCAUCUGUUGCGCCUGCCCCUUUGUACUAUCUGUCGUUAUAUACAGGCUUCUGCGCAGCUCCGUCUAGUUCCAUCUCCACGAGUGCACAUGCGCGGGUCGGUUUGAUUUUGGCAUCUGCUGAAAGAUGUAUCCUCUGGCUCGUUGAUUGUGGCCGGUUGAUGUGCUGUUGCGUGGAGCCGUCUAGUACACGGCUUGAGCCGUGGCCUGACUUUUGUUUUAGCCUGAAUUUAUGUACUUUUUCUUCUUA